AUGUCAACCUCAGCAGGUGCUUCCGCGCCGGUCUUUUCAUAUGCCCAGGCUGCAAAAGGCCUGACCCCGGCAACAUCUACCCAAACCACCUCGAGAAAUGAAAGCCCAGCAGCUUCAGAGAAAAGCACAAAGGAUAGGGCCCCAUCGGACUCUGCGAGCAAUGCGCCCAGCAAGGCUAUCAAAUCCAAAUUCGAGUCUGACAACAAACCAAAUGCAGACUCUACUUUGAACAGGGCACAUCCCACGCCCUCAUCCAAAGAUUCAGGCGACAAACACGAGCUGUCGUCUUCGCACCUCUCGCAGCACAAUGAGCACGACGACAAGACGAUGAAUGCCGAUGGCAUAUCAUCCCCGAGUCAGAUCAGCCAGCACGACGACGCUAGACCGUCCAUCCGUAGCAGACGAACAACGUCUGCCGAUCAGUCCCAAGAGCUUGCAACGCGUGACAAGAGUAUUGGUGAGAAAAAGUCAAAGGAAGUUGAGGAUGACUGGGAGAAGGUCUCAGUUCCUUCUGUAGCUGCUGAAAAAGAGCUCAAAGCUGCCCCUAUUCCGAUAGUCAACAUAUGGAAGCAAAGACAGGAAGCUCAGGCUGCCAAAUUCAAAGAAAUUCUAGGUCAACAACGAACUUCAUCCUCUGCACCGCUCGCUCAAGCACCUAAACCCAAGGCUGCCGCCGAAGAAUCAAAGCAAAAUACAUCAAGUCGAGACCGUGCUACUCAGGACAAGGAAGGGAAGACUACUGAUAGUGGCCGUGGCGGCAAUCGCAGGGACGUGCCUGCCAGAGCCUCUCGACCUGUCUCCCAACAGGAUGAAAAACGGGAGGCUGAGACUCCUCCUACUGUAGGCGAUGCACAGUCCUGGCCAACUCCGGAGAACUCGACCGCGGACGAACGACGAAAGUCUUCUAGCUAUGAACGCGUCGAUAAACCAGACAGCAAGUUCACUGUGCAAAAAUCCCAUGGCAAAAGCUGGGUUCAGGUUCCUUUUGUUCCCUCUGCCAAAUUUGAAACACAACUACCCCCAGCAGCCGCGCGAAGGGGCGGUCGAGGUGGAAAUCGAGGACGAGAUUCUGGCGGUCGAGGAGCCCAUUCAAGUGCCCCAUCUGAGAAGCAAGAAGCAUCAGGACUGAUGGGCCCGCCUCCAGUGCCCAAGCCUGCUGGUGAACAGGAUCGCGGUCGAAAAUCUGAAGGUCAUCGUGGCCCUCGAGGUGCGUCCGAUCCUACCAGCUCGACCCGACCAAUCAGUGUCGAGGAUGGAACAUCGACCUUCAAGCAAAACCAUACCUCUGGGAAGCCUAUCAAUACAGCCGAUGCGACCGCUCCCUCAGUAUCCGCCAAUCAAGCCGGCGAUGAACAGGAGAAGGUUGAGAGAAGCUCCAGGUCAUCCUCCAGGCACACCGGUCGCCCUGCUGCGCGUGUCAAUGGAGACACGAAUGGUCAUGUCGAACAUUCUGUUGCUGCGACUGGAAACAGUGAACAGAGUGGUCGGCCCUCCUAUUCGUUCGAUCGAUCCAAAGGUUCUGGAAAUGGCAUAUCUCAUGGUAGCGGCGACUUCAGCAAGGUUGGUGCAAAUGCAAGGAAUCGUGACUGGUCUCGAGAGAAGGUUGAGUCAUGGCGUGAUAGGGAUACAACUGGUGACCAAAAUGGCCGACGAGAGGUCCGAGGUGAACGUGGUCGAGGUGGCUACCGUGGCACUCGUGGUGGUCACACCUACGGUUCCUCAUUUACCAACCACGCUUUCACCUCGCCUCUGCCUCAAAAUGGAUUCGAGCCGUCCAGAUCGAAUUCACACACCGAAAAUCGAUCACGCCAGACAUCGCAGCCGUUUGCACCAACGCAGUCCACAUCCAGCAACCGCAGUAACCCAAGGUCACAAUCGAUUCCGGUUGGGAUGAUCAAUUAUUCAAAUUACUACAACAGCCCCACGAGCCUAUCGCAUGGUCUCCCCUUUUUGCAGACUGAUGUGAAUUAUCAACAAAUGCAAAUGCAGCCUGGCAUUAUGAGUGCGAUCCCUUACAAUGACCCACUCAACUCGUUUGCCUUGAUGUCAAUGGUCAUUGCCCAGAUCGAGUAUUAUUUCUCGAUCGACAACCUCUGCAAGGAUGUCUUUCUGAGGAAACACAUGGACAGUCAGGGUUGGGUACCACUCAGUGUCAUCGCAAAUUUCAAGAGGAUCAAGACCCUCACUGAGGAUAACAUGACUCUCGAAACCGUCCGCUAUGUCUGUCAGACUGUGAAAAGUGUUGAAUUUCUAGCAGGACCAGGCGGGGAAGAUUGUCUUCGACGUCGUGAUAAUUGGAGGGAUUUCGUCUUGCCCUACGAAGAGAGGUUUGAAUCUGCGCGCCACGAAGGCCCGACCCAUAACCCCGAACAGUACAACCGCUCUUCGGCCCCUGAACCGAACUUAUCGGUCGAAGUCCCUUUUGCACUGAAUCAUCUUCGUAGUCCACCGAGUGGUGUUGUGCCUACAAAUGGAUUGUACCAGACGAGCUCGCCAAUGACUUACGUCCCCAAUAGCCAGAACGAACCUCAACUCUUCAAUGGAGCAUUCAUUCCACCCUUCGAGGAGCCAUCUGCGGAGAAUGUGCAUAGGCCAUCUAUUCACUCCACGCAUUCUCACACAUCUAACACGAUAAGAUCUCCAACCCAGGCGGCAGCUCCACCGAAUGGUUUCAUCAAUGGUCACCACCGGCACACUUCCAGGUCAGACAUUGAGGCCAACACUUUCCCAGACGAGCAGAUUCCCAACAUUAACAUUCGUAUGCAACCGCGUACUACUGGCGAAGGCGAAGCUCAACAAAGUAUUGCGCGCAUGAAUUCAAACGAGCUCCCUGGAAGUGAAAUUGAUCCAUUGGAUCCCGAUCAACCUCGUGCACCAAGCUUAAGGGGUGGUGCAGGAAGCCCACAACAGCUUGAACAACUCCGUAAGAUUUCAUUUGGGUUUUCCAAUGGUAUACCGACAAUGGAUGAAGACUCGAUCAUCUACUUUACCAAGGAUGGGCAGGAGACACAAUUACCGCCUCCAAGGCCAGGCCAGUAUGAUCAGACGUAUCUGUCCCUGCAUGACACUGCUUUCCAGCAGAAGGAACUAGGUGUGGAGGGGGCAUUAGAGCCAUUAUAUUCAUUCUGGACCGAUUUCUUGGCCGACAAGUUCAACUCCGGAAUGUAUCAGGAAUUCAAGGAAACCGCCCAAGGUGAAGCACAAGAGGGUAACACGGCAGGACUAGGGCACUUGAACCGCUAUUUUGCCAAGCUAUUGAGCGGUCCCAUUCCUGUGAGCGAACGUCUAGCCUCGGAUAUGGUUGCCCUUGCUCGUGAGGACAAGGGAAGCGAUCGGUCACUAUUUCAAAUCCUGCGUGGCGCAUGGCGCAACGGUGCAACCAACAUGAAGACCAUCAAACGACUAGGAGCCGAGUUCACUGUCGAGGAGAAGGAGCAACUCGACAAGAGUGGUUGA